UUUUUCAUAAGCUUUUCUAACUUUAAACGUUGAAGAUCUGUGGCAUUCUUGACCACAGUGACUUGCUUAUCCUCAUCCUCCUCAGACAUAGCUAGACGAGUCGAGGAAGUUCCAGAAGAAUUGAGAAUUUCGCUGAAGUAUUCUUGACUCACCAGACACACUAGUGUAUGACGACACUACUGUGUAACACGGUAUUGCUCCAUCAAUAUAACUACUUCACAAAAAUUAAAGCUAUUUAAUUACUCGGAUCUAUUUAUAGCUACGUUAUUUUUUAAUAAAUAUUAAAUAUUUAAUGGGGAAAAUGUAGACAGGUUUUUUUUUCCUUUUUAAGUUAUGGUGGGAGUUAAUGAAGGAAGUGUUAAGUGUGGCAACUAUGGUUGUGUGACGUCAUAUAUAUACAGAAUCAGCUGAGGUAGAACAACACAAGUGUGUUAGUGUUGUCAAGAACACUCUGCUCAACCUGCAAUAUUACUUAUUCUUGUACAAUGGAGCUGCCACACCUAGGCACACACUGCUCAGAGUCUGCUUGCAGACAACUUGAUUUCCUCCCCUUCACGUGUAACUUGUGUAAAAAAGAAUUCUGUGUUGACCAUCACAAGUAUGAUGCCCAUAACUGCUCAGAGAGCUAUCAAGCAGAUGUUCGUGUGCCCAUAUGCCCCCUGUGCAACCAACCAGUGCCAAGCAAAAGAGGACAACCACCUGACUUAGCUGUAAAUGACCAUAUGGAGAAUAAUUGUAAAAACAAAAAUAAGAAGAUCUACACUAACAAGUGCUCUGCUGUAGGAUGCAAAACUAAAGAAAUGAUACCUGUUUCUUGUGACUCCUGCAAGCAAAACUUUUGCCUGAGACAUAGACAUGCAAUUGACCAUGACUGCAAGGGUCAUUCUACAGUGAGAGAUCGUACUUUAGCGGCUGUUACAGCAAGACAGGCUAGUAACAAAAAACAAGGCGGUGGAAGUGCAAGCCGAACUCAGAGUACCAGUAAUGGGAGCAGCAAGAGUAUCAAUAGACACUUUUCACCAGCUUCAGGAGGUCCUAGGCCAACUGGUCAUACUCAGCCUGUGCACUCGCUCAACCUCUCCAAACUUCAAGGUGGCAUGUCUGAAGAUGAGGCUCUAGCACGAGCUAUGGCCGUCUCUGUUCAGGAUAUGAAUGGGGCUCAGCCAACCAUCCAUUCAAGUGAGAAUGAACGUAGCCAAGAGGAUGAGGAUGCUCAGCUUGCUCGAGCAAUUUCUGCCUCUUUAACCCUUAGAGUGGCCAUCAUGUGUAUCUACAUUAUUGAUGCCAGGGUCCUUCAUGUAGAUCAACAGUAUGAGCAGCUCCCUCAGGCGGUGUUGUGUGGCCCACUUGUGGGGGGUUCGACUGAGAUGUCGUUCGCCCCCAUAGGGAGGGACCCCCCUCAUGUCUCUACUCAGUUGACAACUGUUUCACUACCAUCCGACCAAGAUAUGGCUAGUGUGCCCCCUACUGGGAUGAAAAAAUGGGCCCUUGAGGUUGACGACAGUGCCAGGCCCUUGUCUAGCCCAAAAUGCCAACUCACCACUUGUGCAGACUAUGCUCCUUCUCCUCACACUACUCUAGACGUGAUGGUGGUUCUUGUGCAUCCUUCACCAAUCCACGGGAUGUCACCAACGCCAUCAGUGGAUCUCCUUUCGGCAAGGCUUGCAUAG